GGGGCGUCCCGGGGCGCGCGGCGGGAGAUGAAGUACCUGAAGCCGUGGUGGUCGGACGGCGGCGGCCUCCUGCACCUCACCAUCCUGCUGAGCUUGGCGGGGCUCCACCUGGACCUUGACCUGGACCUCUACCUGCUGCUCCCGCCGCCCACCCGGCUCUGGGAUGAGCUGCUGCUAGCCAGCGGCCCGACGAGCUCUGCCUAUGCACUCAGCCCCUUCCCGGCCUCGGGAGUGUGGGGGCGCGCGGACCAGUUUCACCCCAAAGGCCGCGAGCCGGACCCCGCGGCGGAGUCCGCAGGCCGGCUGCUCCGGGAGGUGCGCGCGCUGGGGGUCCCCUUCAUCCCCCGCACCCGAGUGGAUGCGUGGCUGGUGCACAGCGUGGCGGCAGGGGACGCCGACGGAGCCCACGGACUGCUCGGCGCCGCCGCCGCCGCCGCCUCCUCCGCCGGGGGAGUCGGCGCCAGCGUGGACGACAGUAGCCAGGCUGCGCCGGGGGAUGGCGGGGACCCCCGAGCGGCUGCGAGUAGCCCCUUGGACGCUGGGGAAGAGGAGAAGGCACCUGCAGAACCGACGGCUCAAGUGCUGGACGCCGCAGCGAGCCAGGAGAAUGAGGUACUAGGAGAGAGACAUCAAGAAGUGGGUCACAGCUCCCAGAACGAGGAAAAUGAGCAAAGAGUAUCAGCCCAAGAGAAAAAACUACAGCAUAAGAAUGAGGAUGCACGCGAAGCAGCAGAUAAACCUGACUGGGAGGCAGAAAAGACCACUGAAUCUAGAAAUGAGAGAUCUCUAAAUGGGACAGACACUGCUUUCUCUCUGGAAGACUUGUUUCAGUUGCUUUCAUCACAGCCUGAAAAUUCACUGGAGGGCCUCUUACUUGGAGAUACUCCUCCAGUAAGUAUCAACGAUGGCAUGAAUUCAACAUAUAAUGUAAAUUUUAGCCAGGCUAUAAGUCAUGAUGUGAAUCUACAUGAGGCCAUGUUGCUGUGUCCUGACAAUACAUUUAGAAGAGAUCCAGUAGCAAGGACUUCACAACCACCACAAGAACCAUUUCUGCACUUAAAUUCUCAUACCAAUUCUGAGCAGACCCUUCCUGGGACUAAUUGGACAGGAUUUCUUCCCCUUGUUGGCAAUCAGAUUCAUCUAACAAGUGAGGAUCUUCUACAUGACCUUGAUAUAAAUAUAUUUGAUGAGAUAAGUUUAAUGUCUUUGGCCACAGAAGGUGGUCUUGAUCCAAUGGAAGUUCCUCAGCUUUUUCAAGAACCAGAUUCCGAUUCUGGGCUUUCCUUAAAUUCAAGCCACAAUAGUACCUCUGUCACCAAAUCUAAUUCUUCCCAUUCUAUGUGUGAAGGAGGUGCUACAGGUUCUAGUAGUGACCUUGAAUCUCUCUCCCACCAUGACUUGGAAGGGGCUGUGGGAGGCUACUACCCAGAACCCAAUAAGCUUUGUCACGUGGAUCAUAGGAGUGAUUCUGGUUUUCAUGGGGAUCUUGCAUUUCAACACCUAUUUCAUAACCACACUUACCACUUACAGCCAAGUGGUUUAGAAUCCACUUCUAAUUCUUUCUCACGGUAUGGGAAGUCACAGAAAAUACGGGGUAGAUGCCUCAAUGACACAGACAGAAACUUAAGCCGUGAUGAGCGGCGUGCUAAGGCUUUGCAUAUCCCUUUUUCUGUAGAUGAAAUUGUCCGUAUGCCUGUUGAGUCUUUCAACAACAUGCUCAGCAGGCACUAUUUGACAGAUUUACAAAUGUCACUCAUCCGUGAUAUUAGAAGAAGAGGGAAAAAUAAAGUUGCUGCUCAGAACUGUCGUAAGCGCAAACUGGACAUAAUUUUGAAUCUUGAAGAUGACAUAUGUAACUUGCAAGCAAAGAAGGAAAUCCUUAAGAGAGAACGAGCCCAGUAUAACAAAGCUAUUAACAUACUGAAACAGAAACUGCAUAACCUGUAUCGUGAUAUUUUUAGUAGGCUAAGAGAUGAUGAAGGUAGGCCAGUCAAUCCGAACCACUACACUCUUCAGUGCAGCCAAGAUGGAAGUGUUUUGAUUGUACCCAAGGAACUGAUGACCCCGGGCCACAAAAAAGAAAACCAAAAGGGAAAAACAAAGUGAAGAA